AGAGGACAAAAGAGCAUGGUUCCUCUCCAAUCAUUUUAUCCAUACCUAGCCAUAAUUUUUCUAUUAUUCCAUGUUUUACAUUUGUCAUCCAUUGAAGCCCAAAAUGACGGGUUCACUAUCAAACUGUUUCGUAAAACAUCUAACAAUAUUCAAAAUAUUGUACAAGCACCUAUAAAUGCCUAUAUUGGCCAACAUCUCAUGGAAAUAUAUAUUGGAACUCCACCAAUAAAAAUAACAGGCCUUGUAGACACAGGAAGUGAUCUUAUAUGGAUCCAAUGUGCACCUUGUUUAGGUUGCUACAAACAAAUAAAACCCAUGUUUGAUCCUCUAAAAUCAUCCACUUACAAUAACAUCUCAUGUGAUUCUCCUUUGUGUCACAAACUUGACACAGGUGUGUGUUCUCCUGAGAAGCGUUGCAAUUAUACCUAUGGCUACGGAGAUAAUUCUCUAACAAAGGGUGUUCUUGCACAAGACACGGCUACCUUUACAUCAAACACGGGUAAACCUGUUUCCCUUUCAAGAUUUCUUUUUGGUUGUGGACAUAACAACACUGGGGGUUUUAAUGACCAUGAGAUGGGUCUAAUUGGUCUUGGAGGAGGACCAACAUCACUCAUUUCUCAAAUAGGUCCUUUAUUUGGAGGCAAAAAGUUUUCUCAAUGUUUGGUUCCUUUCCUCACCGAUAUCAAAAUUUCAAGCCGAAUGAGUUUUGGAAAAGGGAGUCAAGUGUUAGGAAAUGGUGUUGUUACUACUCCUUUGGUUCCUCGUGAAAAAGAUACAUCAUAUUUUGUUACAUUACUAGGUAUUAGUGUGGAAGACACAUAUUUUCCCAUGAAUAGUACUAUUGGAAAGGCUAACAUGUUGGUUGAUUCAGGAACACCACCAAUUCUAUUGCCGCAACAAUUGUAUGAUAAAGUGUUUGCUGAAGUAAGAAAUAAAGUUGCAUUGAAACCCAUUACAGAUGAUCCAAGUUUGGGUACUCAACUUUGUUAUCGUACACAAACUAAUCUUAAAGGACCAACUCUAACAUUCCAUUUUGUAGGUGCAAAUGUACUUUUAACACCGAUCCAAACGUUCAUUCCACCAACCCCACAAACAAAAGGUAUUUUUUGCUUGGCAAUAUACAACCGUACUAACAGUGACCCAGGAGUUUAUGGUAAUUUUGCACAAUCAAAUUAUUUAAUAGGAUUUGAUUUGGAUAGACAAGUGGUCUCUUUCAAGCCAACAGAUUGUACCAAACAAUAGAGUC